GGCCCCUUUACGGGUGGGCGGGGCUUGGUUGUUAAGGACGCUGGAGGCGGGCCCGGCCCAGCUCCAGCCAGGCCCAGUUGCGGGAUGGAGGCCGAGCUGGGGCUGGGCGAGGAGCCGCGCAGGGCGGGAGUCGGGAUGGCAAAGAUGGGCCGACGAGCCCGUCAGGAUUCCUUUCCAGAGGAGAAUCGUCUCAUCAGGAAGAAUUCCUCUGCCACGUCUACUGGAGAGGAUGAAGACACUGAGGAAAAGGGCCCCCCACCUAAACCCCCACGCCGGCAAGGAGGCUGGGCAGAUGAUCCUGUAAUGGCAUCUUCCAAAUCAGGACGGAAAACUGCAGAAGAAGUAGAAGAUCAUCGCCUCAGGCAGCAGAGCCUGGAGGGAUCAGAUGAUGGAGGAGAUAUUCCAGUGAUCCCGGACUUGGAGGAAGUACAGGAAGAAGAUCUCGCCAUGCAAGUGGCAGCUCCACCCAGUAUCCAGGUGAACAGAGUGCUGACAUUCCGUGACCUGGACAAUGACCUCAUGAAGUAUGCUGCCUUCCAAACCCUGGAUGGAGAGAUUGACCUGAAGCUUCUCACCAAAGUUCUGGCCCCAGAACAGGAAGUACGAGAGGAGGAUGUCUGCUGGGACUGGGACCAUCUGUACAUGGAGGUGUCUUCAGAACUCGUGACUGAGUGGGACCUGGGACAGUCUGAGAGAGAUGAGCCCUUGGGUCAGCCCAAGAACAUCUGAGCUCUGGCCAGCUCGGCACAAGGCUCAGACAGCUACAAAUAGUUAGCACUCGUUGUUUUUUUUUAAUCAACUCUUGUAUUUGAGAAAAUAUUCCAGAUCUGAAAGUAAAGGAGGUGGGAGCAUGAUAGGAAAGUGGGCUUGACUUAAUACAGGUAUUUUGUAACAAGAAUAUUUUUGUUCUCAAAAUGCCACACUGAAUAAUUUCAAAUACAAAAAAGCAUUUAUGUUUAAACAAUCGCUUCCAUUUCGCUAGCUCUUCAUCCCAAGAUUUUACAAGUUACUGUAGGGAUCUUGUCUGCUGCUGCUGCAGUGCACCCUGUUCUGGAAUGGAAACAUGGCAGCUGUUUAACAGCCACACUGCACAAAGGGUAGGACAGGAAAUUAA